AAGAGGUUCGGGUUUUACAGUGUCCGCUUCAGAGGCAGAGAGUCGCCGCUCGGUGGCUGAGAAGCUGUGAGAUCCUCCGGUCAAACCCACCGACUGGAGCAGAGGAGCGCCCGGGACUCUCCGCCUUCGCUUCGCUUCGCUUUGCUUUUCUCGGGGUCUCUUUUUUUUGGGGGGGUUGUGGGGGGGGGGGGCGCAGGAGGAGAGAAUUGUUGGGUGUUGAAGUUUGGUGUGUGCAGAUGGAGCUGUACGGUAAGAUGGCGGCCACACAAGAUUCUCGAUAUGGGCAAAAGGACACGGCUGACCAGAACUUUGACUACAUGUUCAAAUUACUAAUCAUUGGCAACAGCAGUGUUGGGAAAACCUCAUUUCUCUUCCGCUAUGCUGAUGAUUCCUUUACAUCUGCCUUUGUAAGCACUGUGGGUAUUGACUUCAAAGUAAAGACCGUGUACAGGAAUGAAAAAAGAAUCAAGUUGCAGAUAUGGGACACAGCAGGACAGGAACGUUAUAGGACUAUCACCACAGCUUAUUACCGUGGCGCAAUGGGCUUUAUUCUAAUGUACGACAUUACAAAUGAAGAUUCUUUCAACGCAGUACAAGACUGGUCAACCCAAAUCAAAACGUACUCCUGGGACAAUGCUCAGGUCAUAUUGGUUGGCAACAAAUGUGACAUGGAAGAUGAAAGGAUAGUAUCUGUGGAAAGGGGCAAGCAGUUGGCCGAGCAACUUGGCUUUGAAUUCUUCGAAACUAGCGCCAAGGACAACAUUAACGUGAAGCAAACAUUCGAGAGGCUUGUCGACAUCAUCUGCGAGAAGAUGUCGGAGAGUUUGGACACGGACCCUGCAAUCGCGGCAGGAAAACAGAACACAAAACUCACAGAGACUCCUCCUGCACAGCAGCAAAACUGUGGCUGUUAGUGACUCGCCCAUAGUACAUGGAGGCAAUGAAAUUAUGUCUGCAUUGCAAAGAUUAGUCUUUAGGUAUUAGUCCAUGAAAAUGUUACUGUAUGGCCUCUAUAUAUUAAACAAACUAAUCUAUUUAUUUUUUGCUAGUUUGUGCACAGUACUGUUCCCCAAGACCUCUUGCAUUAAAAUUGACAUUUAGUCAACCUUUACUGAUAUCUGUACUGGUUCUGCAAUUUCUCUGUAGAUUUGAGAUCUGUGUGACUGUUAAAAGAAAUGGUGGAUUCCCAGGCUUUGUACACUAGGUUUAUAAAUGAUCUAGACCCAUGUGCUCACUAGAUUUAUGUGGCCUUUCAAGCUUUUUCUCAAUGAUUAACUGCUUGCAUGUUGAGCUUAUCUUCAAUCUGCACACACUGUGAAUUCAGCAACAGAAAUGCACAUUUUUAAAUGACCGUGUUGUUAGUUUGACCAUUCAAAUAAGCAUUCUAUAUGUUGCAAUAGCAUACCUGCACCUCACCGUAGGAACAUUCACUGACUAGAGAUGUCUUUGGUAACUAAUAAAUGCUCUCCAAAAGUUAGGCCACAAGAUUAGUUUGGAUGAAGAAGGCCCUUCAGUCCAUCUGAUCUCAUCCCUCACAGGAAGUCAUGAAUAUAAAUCUGUGAACACACCAUGCCCAAUAGCAAUGAUCUUGACCAUAAGUUGUACUUACUCAUAAUUUUCAGUUAUAAUUUGACUUUUCACACCGUUUCUCUGUUAUUUUGCCUCUAAGCAAAGCUCAGAGAGGACGCUGUUCCAAAGUACAAAAGGAACAGAUUACCAAACUUAAGUGUUUUAUCGAGACAAAAUUUGCUUCCUAGUAAGAUUAUGCAUUGAAUGUACUUGAGAAUUAUUUUGCUGGUGUUUUUCAUUGUUUUUUUUUUGCCUGAGGAGAGAAAAUGUAAAAUAGUGGUAGGUGCUGAAGAAAUUGGAGUUUUAUAUCUUUGUGUAGCCUCUGUAUUGGGGGACAAUAGGCCACUAAGUGCAAUAUUUCAAAGAACACAUACUACAUCUCUAACUCAGUGCAGAUAUGAGUGCAAAAUCACAGAAUGCAGGGCUUCAAGUUAAUGCAGAUUUCUAGAAAAACACUAAAUUUUCUUCUGAUUCGCUUUCACUUUCAUAGCUGGCAAAGGCCAGAAUGUGUCACUAGAGAAGCUGUUAUUUAUUCUUUAUCCUAUCUUACCAUUCCAAGCUAUUGAAUAAAUAAGAACAUAAUACAGAAUGAGUACAAGGAACAGCAUCCAUUGAAACUCAGAGAAUGCUCAUAUCUUUUUAUCAUGCCACCUCUGGGUUACUUCAUUGAAAUCUUUCUUUUGUAGAAAAAAAACUAUUGGCUUUACUGGUAGAAAAGAAAACUCACCAGAGACAGUCAUAAAACUGCUAUGCUACUAAUAUAUAGAGAUGUCUAUUCAAGCCCUGCACAUGGUGUGCUUUAGCCAAUGUCUGCUAGCAUGGCGUGAAGUGAGAAGUGAUGUGAGAAUUCAUGGAGACAUUUGUGGGUCCUGUGCGAAUGUAUGUUGUGUGAUUAAAACAUAUUUAAGAAGAUAAUAAAUGUGCAGCGUGCCUGUGUAAUAAAUGUGCUGAAUCUAUAUGGCUCAGUGUAUCCGUAUAGUAAUAUGUCCACAACGUCCUGGAUCUGUGUGGCUCAGUGUGUCUCUACAGUAAAUGUGCUGAAUCUGUAUGGCUCAGACUGUCCGUACAGUAAUCGUGACUGGUUUGUAGUGACUGCUCGUAGUUGGAGAAGCUGGAGAAUAAUUUACGUAUGCAGAUGCAGUACAUGUUGCCAGCUUUUCACCAUUGGUGUAUGAACGGGUUUGGUUUGUGUGAGUGUAUUUAGUAUAAUCUCUCCAUAGGUCCUUAAGCAUAUUUUAGAAAUUAAUUACAUUAUUGAUUAUCGAUAAGGAAUCAUGCAAAACUUUCUAAAGAAGUCAUUAAAAGACAUUUUCCAAAUUAGGAGGGAUGCAGCUGGAGUUAAAAUAAAACAGGGCAUGGUGUAGGUAGCUGGCAAAGCAACGUAGUGGAAAGAACCCCAGUUGAAUGGGGAUUAUUCUUAAAGAAAGCUUUACAGAAUAUUGUGCAGACUGGAGAUAUACAGAUCAUUGUCUACUGAGGCCUUUUUGAUGGACAAACUUCACCCGAAGUACAACUGCCACAACAUAUGAACUUUGUUACUGCCUUUCUUCAAAUCACUGAAUCAAGCUUGCCAGACCUCUUGCUACAGAUGUACGUGUAGUUGCAAUGGUUGUUUACAAACAUGAGAAAAAAUCCAAUUCUUCAGUUCCCUACGUUUACUACGUUUACUGCCUGUGAAAGCUUAGUGAGGUGGUGCCAUAACAGACAUAUAGUUGAAACAGCUAUUUGAUCAAUGUUGUAAUCCCUUUAUAUAUAUAUACUGAAACAUGAAAGGUUACCUACACUAGAAAGUUAUGUAUGUGCAUAAUAUAUUUUACCUCUGUUGACAUUUGUUCUAUAUAGAUUGUACAGUAGAUCAGACAUUUUGUGUUUGUCUGUGAGAUAUGUAAAUGAACAAUGUGUUUUUGAAAGGAAAAUAAACUUGCAGAGACGAUAUCAAUCCA